GGUUUGGCACUAACGUUGAUUUAUCUGACGAACGAAAAUGGCGUCCACAACUAGCCGAGCUUCAAAAAUUGCCUGCUUUCGGCCGUGUUAUAUCUGCUGCAAAUAUGCUCUCUCAUGUUGGCCAUGUUAUAUUGGGAAUGAAUACAGUACAACUUUACAUGAAAGUGCCAGGAAGCAGGACUCCGGGGCAUCAAGAAAACAACAAUUUCUGUUCAAUAAAUAUCAACAUCGGGCCUGGCGAUUGUGAGUGGUUUGCGGUCCCUGACGCUUACUGGGGAGGCAUUCAUAAUUUAUGCGAACAAAAUAACAUAAGUUACUUACAUGGAUCUUGGUGGCCUGUAUUAGAUGAUUUAUAUAAAGAAAAUAUUCCAGUUUACCGAUUUAUACAACGACCCGGUGAUUUGGUUUGGGUCAAUGCUGGCUGUGUACAUUGGGUACAGUCGGUUGGAUGGUGCAAUAAUAUUGCGUGGAAUGUUGGUCCUCUUACUGCUCGACAAUAUUCACUAGCUGUGGAAAGAUACGAAUGGAACAAACUCCAAAACUUUAAAAGUAUUGUACCAAUGGUCCACCUAAGUUGGAACCUUGCGCGGAAUAUACGUGUCGCAGAUCCAAAACUAUUUGAAUUGCUUAAAACAUGUUUGCUCCAAACCCUGAAAAAUGUAAUUCACACAUUAGAUUUCGUUAAAUCCAAAGGUGUACUUGUCCGUUUCCAUGGAAGAGGCAAGAACGAAGCAUCUCAUUACUGCGGCCAAUGUGAGAUUGAAGUGUUUAACAUUCUCUUUAUAAGAGAACAGGAGAAACGGCAUGUAGUCCACUGUAUGACAUGUGCUAGAAAACAAUCGCCAAAUUUACAAGGAAUUGUUUGCUUGGAGGAAUACCGAUUGUCAGAGCUCUGUCAAGUUUACGACGCAUUUAUGCUAUAUAAAUCUCAUGCACUGCCAGACAAUUCACCAACAAAUCAUUGACUUAACAUGCUACUUAUUAAUAAACAAUAAAAUUAGAACAUUUUAUAACAAA